GUCAUAGAGAUUUUGAAGAUGCUCCUUGGAAAGGCCCACUUACCAAGGAAAUGAGGCACUUAUCCAUAGCCAUUUGAGUGAGCCAUUUUAGAAGCAAAUCCUCCAAUCCCAAUUAAAAUACCUUCAUAUGACUAAAGACUAGCAAUCUGAGAGAAACUUCAUGGGAAAGCCUAAACCAAAACCACACAGUUAAGUUGCUGCUAAAUUUCUGACCCACAGAAACUGUCAGAUAAUGUUUGUUUUUCUAAGUCACCAAGUUUUGGAUGAUUUGUUAUACACAGCAACAGAUAAUUAAUACAAUAAAGUAAGCCAAAUUCCCUUGUUAUAUCCAGAUUGCUUUUAUAAAAGCUUUUUGGUGAGAUUUUUAGGAUUUUCAGUAUAUAAGAUUGUGUCAUCUACAAAUAGACAAUUUUACUUCUUCCCUUCUGAUCUGGAUGCCUUUUAUUUCUUUUUCUUGCCUGACUGCUCAGGCUAAGAAUUCUACCCAUGUUACAUAGGAAUGGUGAUAAUGGGCAUCUUCUGUUUUAUUCCUGAUAUUACAGGAAAAGCUUUCAACCUUUUACCAUUCAGUAUGUUAGCUGUGGGCUUGUCAUGUUUGGCCUUUAAUAUGUCGAGAUAUGUUCCUCUUGUAUCAAUUUCUUGAGAAUUUUUAUCAUGAAAGGAUGUUGAAUUCUCUUAAAUGCCUUAUCUGGAUCUAUUGAUAGGACCAUUUGAUGCUUAUUUCUCAUUCUAUUAAAAUGAUGUGUCAUAUUUAUUGAUUUGCAUAGACUGCACCAUCCUUGCAUCUGGGAAUGAAUUCCACUUGAUGGUGGCAUAUGAUCCUUUCUUCUUAAUUGAAGUAGAGUUGACAUGUCACAAAUGGCAAGAUUUCAUUCUUUUAAAAUUCAGAGUAAUAUUCCAAUGUGUAUAUAUACACACAUCAUAUCUUCUUUUCCUAUUUAUUUAUAGAGGGACACUUAGGUUGCUUUCACAUCUUUCAAAUAAUUCAAUAAACAUAGGGACACAGGUAUCUUUUGGAAUAAGGUGUUUUCAUUUUCUUUGGGCAAAUACCCAGAUGCGGAACUACUGGAACAUGUGGUAUUAUGAUCAUUUAAUGUGCUGUUAAAUUUGGUUUGAUAGUACCUUGUUGAGAAUUUUUUCUCUACAUUCAUCAGGGAUAUUGGCCUGUAGUUUUCUUUUCUUGUAGUGCCCUUAUCUGGCUUUGGUAUCAGGGUAAUGCUGGCCUCAUAAAAUGAGUUUGGGAGUUGAACAUAUAUUUUAGAAAAGAAAUAGAACAAGGCUGAAAAGCAAAUGAAAGAAGGAAAGCUGGAAAAAAAACACAAAAUGUGGAGUGUCUCUCCACAUACGAAUUGCAAGGAACUCUGGAUUCAAAAAAUAAAAAGGCCUGGCAGAAUGGCUCCCGCAAAGAAGGGUGGCGAGAAGAAGGAGGGCCGUUCUGCCAUCAACGAGGUAGUGACCAGAGAAUACACCAUCAACAUUCUCACACGCAUCCAUGGAGUGGGUUUCAAGAAGCGUGCCCCUCGGGCACUCAAAGAGAUCCAGAAAUUUGCCAUGAAGGAGAUGGGAACUCCAGAUGUGCACAUUGACACCAGGCUCAACAAAGCUGUCUGGGCCAAAGGAAUAAGGAAUGUUCCAUACCGUAUCCAUGUGCAGUUGUCCAGAAAACGUAACGAGGAUGAAGAUUCACCAAACAAGCUCUGCAUGCUGGUUACCUACGUACCUGUCACCACUUUCAAAAAUCUACAGACUGUUAAUGUGGAUCAGAACUAAUCGCUGAUUGUCAAAUAAAGGUAUAAAACUGCAAAAAAAUUUUUUUUAAUUAAAAAAAAUUUUAAAGACAAUUUAGACAAAUCACUGUCAAACUUCAAACCACAG